CUCUCUCUAUAUAUAUAUAUUGCUAAUUAACCAGGCUUUGUGACACGUCCUAGUAUUCCUUAUAUAGCUUGUGUUGCAGGCAAAGGCAGGUGGCAAAUUAAACAAUGAGUUCUCCAUCAGUAGAAGAGCCAUCUCCUCGAGUAAUGGAGAGAAAAGGAGAACAAAUGAAUGCGGUUCAUGGGAUCCACAGUCAACAAGAUUUUGAUCCAAGUGCAGCCCCUCCAUUUCGGAUUGCAGAGAUCCGAGCUGCCAUUCCCGACCACUGUUGGGUCAAGAAUCCAUGGAAGUCUAUGAGUUAUGUUUUCACUGACAUCCUAGUUGUUUUUGUGUUGGUAUCAGCUGCACUCUACUUCAAUAAUUGGUAUUUUUGGCCACUCUAUUGGGUUGGUCAGGGUACAAUGUUUUGGGCACUGUUUGUCCUUGGACAUGAUUGCGGUCAUGGAAGCUUUUCCGAUUAUCCCACCCUGAAUAGUGUGGUGGGGCAUAUCUUGCAUUCUUCAAUUCUUGUACCAUAUCAUGGAUGGAGAAUAAGUCACAGGACUCACCAUCAGAAUCAUGGAAAUGUAGAAAAAGAUGAGUCAUGGGUUCCGCUACCUGAGAAGAUCUACAAGAAUUUGAGGACUAGAACUCGAAUUCUAAGAUUCAUAUUGCCCUUCCCCUUGUUUACAUAUCCUAUAUAUCUGUGGUUUAGAACUCCAGGCAAGAAAGGAUCUCACUUCAACCCUUAUAGUGACUUGUUCAUGCCAAAUGAAAGGAAAUUUGUGAUGACUUCAACUGCCUGUUGGAUAGUAGUUGCUUCUUUUCUUGUAUAUUUAUGCUUCCUGAUAGGUCCACACCAGAUGCUCAAGCUUUAUGGUGUUCCCCAUUUGAUUUUCACAGUGUGGUUGGAUGGUGUCACUUAUUUGCAUCACCAUGGCUAUAAGCAGAAGCUUCCCUGGUACAGGGGCAAGGAAUGGAGCUACCUCCGAGGAGCGCUUACAACAGUAGAUCGUGAUUAUGGCUUGUUCAAUAAAAUCCAACACGACGUAGGCACCCAUGUCAUACAUCAUAUCUUCCCUCAAAUCCCUCACUACCACCUAGUAGAAGCGACAGAAGCAGCUAAAGCAGUGCUUGGAAAGUACUACCGGGAGCCAAAAAAAUCAGGGCCUAUUCCCUUUUACUUACUCAACACCCUGCUUAGAAGCUUUAAAGAAGAUCAUUUUGUGAGCAACACCGGAGAUAUUGUGUAUUAUCAAACCGAUAAGGACCUCUACAAGUUCUAUGAGACCACCAAGUCUGCCUGAUUGGUUCAGACUUCAGAGCAGAAUUGCAGCAUCUUUACUUGUUUCAGGGUUAAGCACUUAAACUUAAGCAUGUAUGAAAUCUACUUGUGUUAUAUGUUGUGUAGCAGGAAGACUUUAAAUAGUCUUUUGUCAUGAAUUAAGUCCAUUGGAAGUU